AUGGCCCAAACUGAUGCCGCUCCGCUCCCGGAGGGUAUUUUCUCUCUGCUAGAUACCGACUUGUAUAAGUUGACGAUGCAAUGCGCCGUCCUCAAGUACUUCCCGGAUGUUUAUGUUACAUAUGGUUUCACGAAUCGUACCCCGCAUAUGAAGUUAACGCGGGGUGCUUACAAAUGGCUUCUAGCGCAGAUGGAUGCGCUUGCGAAUAUCCGAAUCACGAAUGAGGAAAUCGAUUUCUUGAAGCAGCGCUGCCCGUACUUCAAUCACGCCUACCUGAACUACUUGACCAGCUUCAAGCUCAACCCAUCCGAACAGAUUGAGAUCCACUUCACCCCGGAGCAGGAUACUGGCAGUGAUGAUGAUAUGGGCAGUGUGGACUAUGUUAUCAAGGGUUUGUGGGUCGAGACAAUCUUGUACGAGAUCCCGCUGCUGGCCCUGACGAGUCAGGCCUACUUCAUGUUCAGCGAUAAGGACUGGGACUACAGCAAUCAGGAGGACAAGGCAUUCCGGAAGGGUUGCGCCCUGUUGGAGCAUGGCUGCAUUUUCUCCGAGUUUGGAUCGCGAAGACGGCGCGACUAUCAUACACACGACUUGGUUAUGAAAGGGUUAUACCAGGCUGCCGAAGAAGGGAAGAAGCAGGGCUGGAAGGGCCAAUUCACUGGCUCGAGUAAUGUCCACUUUGCCAUGAAGUAUGGGGUUGCACCUGUCGGCACUGUGGCCCAUGAAUGGUAUAUGACCAUCGCCGCCAUCACGGAUGAUUACGAGAAUGCGAACGAGAUAGCCUUGCGGUACUGGCUUGGCUGUUUUGGCGAAGGAGUUUUGGGUAUUGCACUGACCGACACCUUCGGCACGCCUGCUUUCCUCGAUGCAUUCCGGAAACCUAUUCCUGCAUUCACCAGUGCAGGUGUUGGUGCAGUCGCUACCACCGCCUCAGGACCCAGCACGAUGACCUCAUCGACAGUACAGAGCGAGGCCGAGACCAAGCCCCCGAUUGCGGCCCCUCUUCAUGAUGCUCAAGGCGAGCAUUCCACCAAGACAUACGCCCAGGUCUACGCUGGUGUUCGCCAAGACUCGGGCGAUCCCACGUACUUUGUGAAGAUGGUGCGGGAUUUCUACGACCGAGAGGGGGUCAAAGAUCCGAAGACUAUUGUUUUCUCGGACUCAUUGGACAUUGAGCAUUGUCUCGAGUACAAGGUGAUUGCCGAGGAAGCCGGGUUCAAUCCUGUCUUUGGGGUGGGAACCUUCUUCACUAAUGACUUCACGAACAAAUCCAAUGGUGAAAAAUCCAAGCCGCUCAACAUCGUCAUCAAGAUCGCCACUGCCAAUGGCCGUCCGGCCGUGAAGCUGAGCGACAACAUGGGCAAGAACACGGGAGACAAGGAGACCGUCCAAAGCGUCAAGAAGAAGCUUGGAUACGUCGAGAACCAAUGGGAAGAGGGCGACGAAAGCAAUCGCUGGGCUCGCAAGUAG